AUGUGGGCUUAUGAAAAUUAGAGAAUAACAGAUAAAGGAAUAGAUAGAUUAUUUAAUGGAAUAAGUUUACUUAAUAAUUUAGAAAGUUUUGAACUUAAUAUGAAAGGUUGGGGAGAUGGUAAUUAUGAAAUAACAGAUAAUACAAUAAUAGGAUUAUCUAAAUGUCUUAAGAAACUCAAAAAUUUAUCAGAAAUUAAACUCAUAUUGUAAUUUUUAUUAUAUAAUAAAUAGAUGGAAAAAUAUUGGAUUAUAAGCAACUAAAUAAUUAAAUAAAACAUUAUCUAAUUUAAAAAAUUUAACAAAAAUUGAAAUUAAAUUUGAAAGGUAUCUAACAUUUUAUAUUAUUAGUUGUUUAUAAUAAUAGAUAAUAUAAAAUGAUAAUAUUGAUUAGAAACUUAUUUAAAUUAAACUUAAUGCUAUUCAAAAAAGAAAAUUACUUUUUUAAGUAGAAGGAAUAUUAGUUAGUCUAGAAUAAUUAAUUCCAAAAUUUACUUUAUGGGAUAUUAUUUUAAAAUUAUGA